UGUCCAAAAAAAAAAAAAAAAAAAUUGCUAAUGUGAGAUGGGAAUACAAUGUAAGUGAAAGAGAUAAGGCUCAUUUUUGCUAUAGGAAUCCCUGAACCUGGAGUGAGCUGGGACUACAGUUCACAGGGGAGUUCAGUCACCUGCUGCCUUUUCUGUUUACUCACAUUUGCUGGCGAAAUGUUCAGAAAAUAGGGACUGAAGCCAAUGUGCAGAAGCAGAUCAAAAUGCAACAAAUAUUGGCAAAGUCCCAUGCUACCAGCAGGCUUGAUUCAAGAUCCUGAGAUUGCUCAGUAAUUAUUGCACUUGCUAUAAUCUUUAGUCAUAGUUUAGCCUUACUUUUUUUCUUCAUAUAGUUACUAAGCUCCAAAAGCCCUGUCUCGCAACGAUCUCAGUUCAGUCCGAGUCUGAAAGCUUCAUCUCAGGAGACAGGAUUUUAGCCUGCCUUUGCAAGAGGUGAUGCUUCUCAUGAUGUGUUUAUCCAUAGACCUCAUCUCCUGUCUGUUCUCCUGCCUUCCUCCACUGCCUUAAAUUUUAACCAAAUGGCCAGAUUUGAUCCCUUUUUCCAGAGCUGGGAAUAUCCAAGACACCAAGUUCCUACAAGCGUCAUGAAAACAAAUGGCCAGGUAGAGGAGAGCAAAUUCAGGAGAGCCUCCAGAGGGAGACGCGUCGGUGCAAACUCAGCCUUCACAAGGCGCCAGAGAACCUGCCCAGCCAGCGAGCUGCCACGUCUCGCGCUGUCCGUCGCGGGGAGGUGCAGCUCCCCAAACCCUGCAAAGACAGACCCAGGUCCCCGUGGCGCUGCUGCUCGCAGAGCCACGAUGCACGAUGUUUUGGGUUUUUUUUUUUUUUCCCUCCCCCUCUUCUUUUCGUCUUUUGCUGGCUGGCCAGUCAAUGAUUAAUCCCCCCCAAGGACACCUUCCGAAAGGUUACCAAGUGCUGGUAAGGUUCAAGGGACAAUUGCGCAAGAUGGAGAAAAAAAGACAUUUUCUGUUGUGUGUUUGUCCCCAAACCUGUACCAGGGAACCCUGAUCACACACUCCACAUCCCCUUUCCGCCUGGUGCCGUACAAACAGAGCUGGAGCGCGUCCCUUGGCCCCGUACAGCCCGUACCUGCCGUUCCCUCAGUGCUCCCUUACAAGCUUUUUGCUUGGUUUUUGCUCACGAGCCCUUAGCUAACCCGUCCCGCAGCCGUGGUUGCCAGCGACCGGCUCGGCGCACGCUGCAACCCUUGCACAGGGAGUUUUGCUUUCCUCGGUCUGCCCAACACCCCACCCGGCACCCGGAGAGCUGCAAGGCCCUUUUCUCCGGCAGCAGCCGGCUCCCCGGAGGGUUUCAGGCGCCCCGGGCAGGAGCGGGACCCCGGGGAACGCCGCCUCGGCUCCGGGGCGUCCGCGCUGGGGGAGCAGAUCGCCUGCCCCACCAGCGUGUUGCGCGAGGGAUCGAAAUCAUAGAGGUUGCUGCGGGAUAUUUCGCCCAGAGACACUAGAAGGCAAAGGGCAGCGAGGUUGGGUUUUGACGGGGGAGAGGGGCCGGCGCCUGCCGCGGGGGGCUCCGGGGAAGGAGCACGCGGCCCUGGGGUCUGGUGGGGGCCGCCGAGGCCGGCUGGGCCUCCUCCCCCCGUCCUGACUCGGGCCAUUUGCUUCAGCGGCGGGAGUGGUUUCUCCACACUGAGGGACGCGCGCUGAGCCGGGGGGGCCGGGCUGGACGUCUGCCAAGGCCCUGCCGCCCGGUUUUUGGGGCUGGUUUUUCCCCUGAAAAGCGCGGCCGGCUGUUCUCCCCCCGCGCCGAGGCCGAGGGGCGGCGCCAUGGACGCCUUCCAGGAGGCCUUCCAGAAGGUGGAGAAGAUCGGCGAGGGCACCUACGGCGUGGUCUACAAGGCCCGCAACAAGCACACGGGGCAGCUGGUGGCCCUCAAGAAGAUCCGCCUGGACUCGGAGACCGAGGGCGUUCCCAGCACCGCCAUCCGCGAGAUCUCGCUGCUGAAGGAGCUCAAGCACCCCAACAUAGUCAGGCUCCUGGAUGUCGUGCACAGCCAGAAGAAACUGUACCUGGUGUUUGAGUAUCUGAACCAGGACCUGAAGAAGUACAUGGACUCGUCCCAGACCGGAGACCUUCCUUUAAGCUUGGUCAAGCUGCUGCAGGGUGUGAGCUUCUGCCACUCGCACAGAGUCAUCCACAGAGAUUUGAAGCCACAGAAUUUGCUCAUUAACGAAGUGGGAGCCAUUAAGCUAGCUGAUUUUGGACUGGCAAGAGCGUUUGGAGUCCCCUUGCGCACAUACACUCACGAGGUGGUGACUUUGUGGUACCGAGCCCCUGAAAUCUUGCUGGGAUGCAAAUACUAUUCAACAGCUGUGGAUAUCUGGAGCAUCGGCUGCAUCUUUGCAGAAAUGGUGACCAGGAAAGCCCUGUUUCCAGGGGACUCUGAGAUCGACCAGCUCUUCCGGAUCUUCCGCACCCUGGGCACUCCCACUGAGGCGACCUGGCCUGGGGUGACCCAGCUGCCUGACUACAAGGGGGACUUUCCCCGCUGGGCAAGGAAGGAGAUGAAGGAAAUUGUUCCCAACUUAGAUCGAUAUGGCCGAGACUUACUGAUGCAAUUGCUACUGUAUGACCCCAGCAGGCGCAUCUCAGCCAAGGCAGCCCUCAAUCACCAGUACUUCUUCUGGAGAAGCUCCCAGGACCCUGAAGAGCGGUGCGCACUGCAGAGACACUGCAGAUGAGAAGACACAGAUCUUCCCAUACACUCACUCUGCAGGGUAGCAGUGCAGAUCUGUUUUGGGGCACUUUGCAGGGGACUGGCUGGGACCCAGGACCUCACUUCUCCUGAGGAGCCUGAAAGGGGACAUUCUUGUAUUUAGAAACUCUCAGCCUGUUGCUGGGGAAAAGUUUGUCUAGGCUUUGUCCAUGGCCAGUAGAGCUGUUUUGAAGAGGCCCUGUCCAAAGCAGGGGAUAGAAGGUAAUUUAUCAGCGUAAAAUGCUGAACUGGAAAUGAAAGAGAGGGGAGAGUGACUUUCAGAGGCUUGUCCUUUGCAUUAGCCAGCGAGCUAAGGUGACACACAGUGAUUUCUCUCUCCCCAGCCCUGGAGCAUCCUUAGGUCCCGCUGCAGCUCUGUUGGUGGCAGUUCCUGACACCAGAGUGUGCUGGAGCUCCACUCUGGGUACGGGAGUGCUUCUCCGCUCGGCCAUUUGCUGCUGUUAAUAAGGAGGGGUUUGCCAGCGUUAGACAAGUUGUUUGAUGUCAGCUGUUUACCAGAGCUGAUGUUCUGCUUUUUCACAAGCUGAGGAUCACUGUAGGUAUCUUAAUUUGUGCCUUAGCUAGGACCGAGAAGCCAAAAGAGCCAGUUAGCAUAAAGCACUGAUUGAAAACUGUUGUAGAAACACUGGUUUUCCAUCAUUGGUCCAGAUGUAAUCUCAGUUCCUUUGCUUUAUUGGCUUGGACAUGUUUUUGCUGUUCACAUGUUUGCAGAAUUAUCACUAACUUUUGAUGCAGUUUUGACAUAUGCAGGUUUUUUUCUUGCAGUAUAGAAAAAAAAUAAAGGCUUGUCAUUUAUUCCGAAA